CUGACACACUGACACUGCUGCAGCUGUACAGAGUACACAGUGCACAGUACAUACGUUUAGCUAGCCUAGCAUUUACUAGCACUGGAAUUACUGCUCUGCUCUCAUUGACACAAGCUUGCUCAUCAAAUGCUGGACUUGGAAGAGCUAAGGCGCCGGCGGCAACAUGCUCGCCUCUCUGAUGACCCCGCUGAAGUUGCUGCGACUGUGCAAAGCUUGAUCAAUUCAGGCAAAAUAAGCUCUACCGGUAUCGAGCAAUGGGACCUAUAUGAACAAGGCAUGGUUGCAGCUCUCAUUGUUGCAGAUGACUCUCUGGCGUUGGAGUGCUUGACAAGACUGUCCGACAAGUUUCCAGAGUCUGCCCGAGUUCACGCUCUGAAGGGCAUGCACCUUGAAGCAACAAAGGACGCUGAUGCUGCCUUGGCCUUCUAUAAUAAAGUAUUGGCUGUAGAGCCUACCAAUGUGCCGGUCAUAAAACGGAGAAUUACUCUCUUCAAGUCAACAGGAAAGGUCGGCGAUGCGAUACAAGCACUUUGCACCUACGUCGAUGUCUUCUACACAGACGCGGAUGCUUGGGCAGAACUGGCAGAACUCUAUGCUUCAGUCAAUGCCCAUGAGCGUGCCAACUUUUGCUACGGCGAGGCGGUCCUACUGGCACCACAUGAAUCUAUGACGCAUCUCCUGUACGCAGAUUCAUUCUACACGCUGGCCAUUCAGCAUCCAGGAUCUAACCACAUGGAGCACGCUCUUCGCGAAUACUUGCGCGCAAUUGAACUUAGAGAUAACUCACUACGUGCUUUCUGCGGCGUCAAAGUAUGCUGCUCCGCUCUGAUGGGAGAUCUCAAGGAGACGACUGCUGUAGAGCUCAAGAAACUGGAUCUGCUCGCCACAAAGCAACUCGCGCAAUUGACAAGCAAAGGUCUUGCAGGUGCGCAAGAAGUAGAGUUCGCGAAAAGCUUGCUGGGGCAAGCACAGCUCGUCAAGUGAUCGAGAUAGGCUAAAUUUGUUUCUUCAUUCGCUUGCUCAGAGAGAUAUGAUAGCUGCGUACUUGCUCUGCCGAUGUAAUUCACG